AUGGAUAACAGCAAGCCAGUGAAGACGCCUCAAGAUCCCGGCCUGAAGCUAACCAAGAACAUGUGUGAACAAGAAUGCAAGCACGAAGACACCAUGUGCAACGUGCCAUAUCGAAGUGCUGUCGGAGGCAUCAUGUAUCUCAUGGUCGCCACACGUCCGGAUCUAGCUGCUGCAGUGGGAUCAUUAUCCCAGUUCUCGUCCGACCCAUGCCCGACUCACUGGCAAGCUUUGAAACGUGUGCUGAGAUACCUGCAAGCAACGCCCAAUCAUGGUCUUGAGUUUACACGUGAAGAAGGAAGCCGUAUCUGCGGGUACACCGACGCAGACUGGGCCGGCGACAUUGAGUCAAGACGAAGUACAAGCGGCUAUGUGUUCAUGAUGAGCGGAGGAUGCAUCAGCUGGAAAAGCCAGAAACAACGGACGGUCGCGCUAUCUUCAACAGAAGCAGAAUACAUGGCGCUUUCCGAAGCAACCAAAGAAGCAGUAUGGCUCAAAGUGCUUUUGGGGGAACUUGGUGAGAUGACAAGCGACGAAGCGAUCAAGAUGUAUGAAGACAACCAAGGAUCAAUCGCUCUCGCCAAGAACCCGGAGUUCCAUAAGAGAACAAAACACAUCGACAUACGCUACCAUUUUGUGCGUGAGAAGGUGGAAUCAGGUGAAGUCGUUUUGGAGUAUUGCCCGACUCAAGGUAUGCUGGCAGACAUGAUGACCAAGCCGAUCGCCGCUGUACAAUUUGAAAACAUUCGCGAUCGACUUGGGAUCCAAGGUGCCGCAGCUAACGAGUCGAGAGGGAGUGUUGAAAAGACAGCGGCUGUGAAGAAGACACCUCGUCAAGCUGCGUCAAGUGUUGAAGCAAGUGGAAGACCAAGCUUCGCUAUACCGGUGGGUACCGGUAUGUACCAGUAA